AUGAACGUUUAUCCACCAUUCAGUCAACAUAUGCCCCAAGCCAAUCGCACAAUCCGUCCAUAUGCACGGCAGGAAGAUGAGACGGCCAUGAGUUUGGUUUCACCAGUCCAGAUACUUCAGGGAAACAUCACUCCUCCAGCUUGUCAAUAUACCCACAACGUCCCAGCCGUAGUCUUCUCAUCCGGCAGCUUCGCAGGAAACUUAUUCCAUGAAUUCAGCGAAAUACUCAUUCCUUUGUUCAUCACUAGUCGCCACUUCCAAUCUCGCUUACACUUCAUUGUUACCGAUUUCAGUCCUUCGUUCAUUGGUAAAUUUGAGGAUAUACUGUCCCAUUUGUCUAGCUACAAAGUUAUUAAUCCGACAGCAAAUGGCAGCGUGCAUUGCUUUCCUGGAGCUGUUGUUGGACUUCACUACCAUGGCAAUCUUGCCAUAAAAUCCUCUGAUAUCCCCAGGGGUUACUCCAUGCUCGAUUUCAAGCAGUUCCUCAGAAAAUCAUACAAUCUGAAGAUACGAGAUUUGUCACAGCCAGAACAACCGGUGUUGAUACUUAUAUCUCGUCAAAGUUCAAGAAGGUUUCUGAACGAAAAUGAGAUGGUGACCAUGAUGAAGGCAUUAGGCUUCAAAGUUGUCAUCGCAAGGCCUAAUGCGAUGUCCAAUUUAGACAAGUACGCACAGGUGGUGAACACAUCCAGUGUAAUGGUUGGCGCCCAUGGAGCUGGGCUUACGAACGCUCUCUUCUUGCCCCAAGGGGCUGUCCUGGUGCAAUUGGUGCCGCUAGGCGUAGACUGGGCCUCAACCAACUACUUUGGCGGGCCAGCUACGGAGAUGGGUUUGAAUUACAUAGAGUACAAAAUAGAACCGGAGGAAAGCUCUCUCCUGUCCUUUUACGGCUGUAAUCACCCUGUCAUUACUAAUCCAGCAUCCAUAUUCGCGAAAGGGUAUACGGCUGCCAGGGCUGUAUACAUCGACCGGCAAAAUAUGUAUAUUAAUGUUGUGAGUUUUAGAAAGACUCUUGUCAAAGUACUUCGACUUCUGGGGCGCUCAGCUCCUUCGGGUCGAAGAAACCGUGUUCUAAGAUGA